AUUAUACAAAAUAUAGAUUAGAUAAAUAUAUUAACAGAGAGAGGUCUUUAAAUCCAUAAGCAGGGAACUGAAACAUCUAUUAUAUUGCUAAGUUCUUCUUUUCCUUCUUUCACUUUCAGACCAAGAACCCAUUUGAGUUAUCACCUUCAAAAAUCGAAUUCCAACCAUUUCUCUGAAAACAAAAAAACAAAUAUAUAUAUAUAUAUAUAUAGUUUUGAGAGAUGGGUUCUGAUCAUCACCACCAUAUAGUGAUGCUUCCAUUCAUGGCUCUUGGCCAUCUCAUACCAUUUCUAGAACUCGCAAAGCAAAUCAAGCAGAGAACAACCGGCUUCACCAUCACCAUUGCCAGCACCUCUCUCAACAUCCAGUACCUCCAAUCCACCAUUUCUUCUUCUUCUUCAAUUUCAUCAUCCUCCGGCGAGUCCACCAUCGACUUUGCCGUCCUACCUUUUAACAGCUCCGACUAUGCCCUCCCACCCAAUACAGAGAACACCGAGAACGUCCCGCUCACCGAAAUAGGAGAAUUCUUCAGUGCAUCUCUAAAUCUCGAAGCUCCUGUCCGUAAACUUAUCGCUGAUAUUACCGCAAGAGAAGGCACAGCACCUCUUUGUAUAAUUUCCGACCCGUUCUUCGGUUGGGCGACCAAUGUUGCUGAGAGUCUUAACACUGUCAAUAUCACUUUCACCACCGGUGGUGCUUAUGGUACCUUGGCUUACAUCUCGCUGUGGCUUCAUCUCCCUCAUUUUCACACCGAUUCCGAGGAAUUCACAGUUCUUGGUUUCCCGGAAAGAUGUAGAUUUCAUCGAUCUCAGCUUCAUCCAUUUAUGAGAGCAGCAAAUGGGAAAGACUUGUGGUCCAGAUUUUUUCAGCCACAGAUUUCGCUCUCUUUGAAAUCUUCUGGUUGGUUAACGAACACAGCUGAAGAAAUUGAACCAUUUGGGAUGGAGAUCUUCAGGAACUAUAUCAAGCUUCCAUUGUGGUCCAUUGGUCCUCUUCUUCCUCAAUCAGCUCUCAAAAAAUCAUCAUCAACUUCUGGUUCGAGUAUUUCUACACAACGAACUGGGAAAAAAUUAGGAAUUCCUGCAGAAGAAUGCUUCCAAUGGCUGAAUCUUCAGAGACCUAAUUCUGUUUUAUACAUUUCUUUUGGUUCUCAGAACACAAUCAGAGCAACCCAGAUGAUGGAAUUAGCUAAAGGUUUGGAAAAGAGUGAGAAAAAUUUCAUCUGGGUAAUUAGACCUCCAUUGGGUUUCGACAUUAAAGGAGAGUUCAGAUCAGAAUGGUUACCAGAAGGGUUUGAAGAAAGAGUCAGAGGAAAUAAACAGGGCUUGGUGGUGAGAAACUGGGCACCCCAGUUGGAGAUCUUGUCCCAUGAAUCUACUGGAGCUUUUCUUAGCCAUUGUGGAUGGAAUUCAGUGGUGGAAAGCUUGAGCCAAGGAGUUCCAAUCAUGGGUUGGCCAAUGGCUGCUGAGCAAUCAUAUAACUCGAAGAUGUUAAUGGAGGAAAUGGGUGUGAGUGUGGAGCUGACAAGAGGUGUUCAGAAUGAGAUUGUGGGUGAGAAAGUGAAGGAGUUGAUUGAAAUGGUGAUGGAUGAAAAUGGGAAAGGAGGAGAGAUGAGGAAGAAAGCUGGUGAGAUUAGAGAGAAAAUAAGAGCAGCAGUGAGAUAUGAAGGAAAUGAGGCUGGAUCUUCUGUUAAAGCCAUGGAUGAUUUCUUGAAUUAUGUUUUGGAAAAUAGACAGGAAAGAGAAUCCAAAAUUCAAGUAGUUUAAUAUGGAGAAGACAUUGAUGAAACUUUUGUUAAUCUUUUCUAUGUCACACGCAUUAUGAACUUUUAUGCUUUUCUAGAAGCAAAUUUAGACAAAUGAAAGGAAGUGAAUUUGUCAUUUUUGUUUUGCUUAUUUUACUGGUCUCUUGCUGUGGAAGAAUACUCCUAAUGGAAUUCAUUUUUAUCAGAAAGUCUCUUUUUAGUGCUUGGAGAGAGAAUAUCAUUUCAUAGGAAAGGAUGGAUUUCUUUUUCUUUUUCAUUUAAUUAUUUUUGGUUUGUAAAAGAUUAUGUAUAUGUAUUGGUGUAUAAAUCGUUUAUACUUUUUCAAUUUUCUUCUAA